UUCAUACCGAGUUGACAAUCAAGCUCUUUGAGUGUCGAUACCCAAAUGGUUGUCGUAGGAAAUCCACAUGCUUCUUCCUUCUCGCGAGCUGCUCUUCACGACCUCGUCAUCCCCAUCGGCUCCACCAUCACUGGCGAGUUCAUGUUCCUACGCCUUGUUCGUCGCCGCAAGAUGCUACUGCAGUCGCUACACGCUGAUAUGCUCGCUCCCCACCAGGCUUAUUAUCAACAAAUGCAUCGCCUUGCUCCAAGGCUGUUGCAUCACCGCCACCGAAGGCAGGCUGAAGCCGAUCCAUGCGUUUGCCUUGAGACAUGGCGUUCACCCCAGCAACCCGGACUUUGGCAAACAUUUCAUCUUCACACUUGUCUCUCUAUCCCUACCCAUGAACUACGCGUCCCUGGUUUUCAGCCAGCUUGAAUACCCCAGUGUCUUCACAUGGAACACCAUGAUCAGGGGUCAUGCAGAGGGUGAAACCCCAGAGUCGGCCAUCGGGAUUCACCGCCAGAUGCUGGGGUCUGAGGUAAGACCAGACACCCACACCUACCCGUUUCUGCUUAAGGCAUGUGCCAGGAUGUUGGACGUCAGAAGGGGAGAAGCCGUCCAUGGGCAGAGCUUGAAGGACGGCUUAGAGGCGCUGGUUGUUGUUCAAAACACGCUUGUUCACAUGUAUUCUGCUUGUGGACAAGCCGAGCUCGCUUACCAACUGUUCGGAGAAAUGCCUACAAGGAAUCUGGUCUCUUGGAACUCUGUGGUUAAUGGUUUUGCCCAAAACGGACGACCAAAUGAGGCGCUGACGUUGUUCCGCCAGAUGGAGAUGGAAGGUAUGAAGCCGGACGGGUUUACCGUGGUCAGCAUUCUGUCUGCUUGUGCCGAACUGGGGUCCCUAGCACUUGGUAGAAGGAUUCAUGUCUACCUACUAAAAGUAGGGCUAUCGGAGAACUUGCACGUAGGUAAUGCGCUCGUCGAUUUAUACGGAAAGUGUGGGAACAUAAGGGAUGCAUAUCAAGUGUUCGUUGAAAUGCCUGAAAGGAAUGUAGUCUCAUGGACUACCAUGAUUGUCAGCUUAGCUGUUCAUGGUUUUGCCGAGGAAGCGAUCUCAUUGUUUGAUGAUUUUGAGAGUGAACGUUUGACGCCUACUGACAUCACAUUCGUUGGGGUGCUGUGUGCCUGUAGCCAUGCGGGAUUGGUGGCCGAGGGUUUUGGUUAUUUUGAGAAAAUGAAACAGUACAAGAUUGUGCCUAAGAUUGAGCAUUAUGGCUGCAUGGUUGAUCUGUUAGGAAGAGCAGGCUUAGUUAGACGGGCACAUGAUUUUAUUGUCGAAAUGCCGGUGGAGCCGAAUGCAAUUGUCUGGCGGACCUUGCUGGGUGCGUGUGCGAUCCAUGGGCAGUUGGAGUUGGGAGAAUUUGCAAGGGCUCGGCUCUUGCAGCUCGAACCGCGCCACAGUGGGGACUUUGUUCUGCUUUCCAACAUCUAUGCAAACGAAGGUCGCUGGUUUGAUGUGCAGAGAAUCCGAAGUAAAAUGCUGAGGGAGGGAGUGAAGAAGUCGCCGGGACAUAGCAUCGUAGAGCUGCGCAAUUCAAUUCAUGAGUUCAUCAUGGGGGAUAGAUCACAUCCACAGACAAAGGAGAUAUACGAGAUGUUGGAUGAGAUUGGUAAGAGGCUGGAGCUGGAAGGGUACGUGCCGCAGACAUCAAAUGUCUUAGCUGACAUAGAUGUGGAGGAGAAAGCAAACGCUCUGGCCUACCACAGCGAGAGGAUAGCCAUUGCUUUCAUGCUUAUUAAUACAGUGGCAGGGUCCACUAUAAGGGUUGUGAAAAACCUCAGAGUGUGUGUUGAUUGUCAUACUGCAACGAAGCUCAUCGCUAAGAUUUUUGACAGGGAGAUAGUAGUGAGGGAUCGGAGUAGGUUUCAUCAUUUUAGAGAUGGAUUUUGUUCUUGUAAAGAUUUUUGGUGAGAAAUCAUUGAUAUGCAGGUGCAGCAAGGUUUAUAGCUAUAGUUAUAUUAAGGGUCUCAGGAAAAAGAAAGAAAUUGUCUGUUGCUGCACCUGCAAGGACAACUUUUUUGAGGGGUCUGUUGAUUAUGACUAAUGUGAAAGAUUUUACAUACGACGCAACAUUAGGCCUGUAUUUUUUUUGUCCUUCUGUGGAGAUGAAAUAAAGAAAGCCAUUGCAUUUC